UCACGCUUCAGUUCAGCGCGUACUCGUGCACGCGCGCGCUUCUACAGCGCUGUUCAAACCGGCUGAAAUAACUGCUGAACAUAUACACAAAAACACAAAUAUAAAUGAAUGUGUAAAAUAGUGUUAUUUGAUAGUCUGAAGGAAAAAUGGAUUUUCUCAUCGGGAGCCCGUUCUCCUCUCCGGUUGGCCAGCUUAUCCAGAAAGCCACCAGGGGCUCUCUGGAGGGCGAGGAUUGGGGCAUGAACAUGGAAAUCUGUGACAUCAUCAACGAGACAGAAGAUGGACCCAAAAAUGCAGUGAAAGCCAUAAAGAAGCGGCUUGUGGGAAAUAAAAAUUUCAGAGAGGUCAUGCUGUCACUGACUGUUCUCGAGACGUGUGUGAAGAACUGCGGCCAUCGCUUUCACGUCCACGUGUGCACCCGGAACUUUGUAGAGGGAGUGCUGGUCCGAACCAUUCUCCCCAAAAACAAUCCCCCUAUGGUCUUACAUGACCGAGUCUUAAGCCUCAUUCAGGCGUGGGCCGAUGCUUUCCGGAACGUUCCGUCACUGUCUGGUGUGGUGUGUGUGUAUGACGAUCUGAAGAAGAGAGGCCUGGAGUUUCCUAUGACUGACCUGGAUGCUCUGUCGCCCAUACACACUCCCAUCAGGAGCAUUCCAGAAGACAGUACACCUAACCCACCUGCUGCAGAACCCACAGCGCACACGCCCAACGUUGCAAACACACACACUUUACAUAUCCCCCAGACAAAUGGGGCACCUGCACCUAUCUCACCUGAGCAGAAACAGAAGCUUAGGGCAGAGUUGGACCUGGUGAAGGGAAACCUGAUGGUAAUGACAGAGAUGCUGAACCAGCUCAGACCAGGAGAGAGCUCACCAUCAGACACAGAGCUACUGCAGCAGUUGUACUCAGUGUGUAAGAGCAUGCAGAAGCGUGUAGUGGAGCUGAUCCCCAGUCUGUGUGAGGAAGAGCUGAUUGGAGAAUUGCUCGUUAUCAACGAUGAUCUUAACAAUGCUUUCAUACGCUAUGAGAGGUUUGAAAGGCUGAGCACUGUCCAAAGAACACCCACAGAACAACAGGUAGCAGGAGACCUUAUAGACCUUGGCCCAGUUUCAGCAGCAGACAAUCAGACGUUACUUCCACCUGUCAGUCAGCCAGCGACCCGGCCUACGAAUAAUCCCACAAUGAGUGCAGCUUCAGGAGAUGAUGAUGAAUUUGAUAUGUUUGCUCAGACGAGAGGAAGUUCACUGGCUGAGCAGAGAAAGAGUGUUAGAUACGAGGACCCUGGUGCAGUAGAGGGGCUAGCAGAAGCGCUGGACACUCGGCUCCAGGUCACAGCAGGGCGUGAGUGUGUGAAGGAUGAGGCAGGUGGCUGGUGUCGUCAGUCUCAGUGGAUAUACAGUGAGGCACUGAUACCAGCACCACAGAGUGCUGCUAUGGAUGACAUUGAGAAGUGGUUAUCUUCAGAACCGUUUAAUGAUGAUGAUGAUGAAGAAGGUGUUACCAGUGAAGAGUUUGACAAGUUUUUAGCGCAGAGGGCGAAAGCAGUGGAGCACCUCCCUUCUGUGCAAAAAAGCUCCUCGACUCCUGGGAACUCUCAACAAUCAGCACAGAAACAAGAGAGCACUCAGGAUCAGCUCUUUACCCUCUAACACACUCAGGUUAAUGGAUGAAGAACAGAGAAACAGGUAGCACAAAAUGCACUGCUCAGAAGUGGCGAAUUUCACCUAACUGCCUUUUAGCUUUUUGUACAGAACUGCUAUGUGUACCGUGCCUUUUCAUUAAGCAUUAUGAUAAUUUCAUCCAAUUAACUGUAAGAAAGCCAUUGAAGAAAAGGUAAAAUGUUUUGUGUCUGCUUUACUGUAUUUAAAUGCAUAAUUCCUCACAUACACCUUUUUUAAACUAACCAGCAGUGGCUGUUUACAUGUAGAGAUUUUUUUUGUCAGUCAAAUGAAUUAAUUCUGAUUAUAGAGUCCCAACAGAAUGUACACUAUAUCUUGCAUAAGUUCUGCAAUCUUCGUUUACAUACAUUACGUGUAAUCCAAAAAAAGUGUGCGCAUUGCAAAGAACAUGAUUUAGUGUCAGUGUUGUUAUAGCAACAAGAAGUACCUCGUAAAGUAUAGAAUGUAAUACGCAGCUUGCGUUAGCCGAAUGUUCAAACGCUUGUGUUUUUUAACAAGUUUUCAGUUAUGUCUUUCCCACAAAAUAUAUAUUCAACAAAUGUACUUGUUAAACAGAAGGCAAGAAUGAUUUGUCCUUUGCAACAUCAGGCCAUGCCAUGUUUGUUAGCUUGCAUCAUUACACAAAAGACUGGAUGCAAAUAUUCCAAUUUUUUUACUAAAUUAAUAAACUGUAUGUAAACAUAGCUAAUGUCAUAGGUUGUGGGUUUAUCACGUAGCAGAUAAAGCUAUCUAGCUAUAGAAUAUCCAUAAAAAAGUAUAAUAUUUUAGUAUGAAAUAUUAAAGCCCCGAUCAGAAACUAGUGAAAGAUGAUUGCUGUUAGACAAAACACAGGUUCCCAGUACUAGGAGAUUUUCUAAGAGCGGCCCUUUAGCCUGUAAUUUCUCAUAAACUAUCAUACUGUCUCACAUUCUCACUUCUGACACAUUGUCAAUCGGGUAACGGAAAUAUAAAUGACAAGACAGUGAGCCAAUGAGAAAUGAGAAACCGUGACCAUCACACUCUCUCAAACACAUACUCUUUUACACACAUUAUCGAACCUAAAUUACAGUUUAACAGUGUGUCUAAGAGGUUUAAUAAUGUGCUAACCUUUUUUAUUAAUAUGAUGGUGUGUUAGAGAGAGUGUGAUAGUUUGUGUGAGAUACCAAAUUUGUUUUAGGGCCUUUCGUAAUUUUUCAUUCCGUGUCUAAUAAUACAGUUGUUACUGUUAAUUCUGUUGCACUGCUAAAGUGCCUUACUCGCUUGUGCUGUGUUUGUCAUGUUCUGAUAUCUAAGCCAGUCUUAAGUACUGACUAUCACUUAAGUAAACCGGCUUACUGUGAUUACAGAUCAGCUCUCUGGGCUAUGAGGUGUAGAAAAAUCACUAUAUGAUGGGUUACACUGUGAUGUACUUCUUUUUGAAAUGGUUAAUGAAUGACAUGUAGACUACAAGACUGUUGUAUUGUGCUGUAUUAUCAAACUGUAAGUUAAAUUUAUUGUAAGUCUGUGAUAGAUUCUAAAUGAAUAUUACUAUGACCAGAUCUAAGUUAAUAUUGUGAUUUAUGUAUGGUAAAUUAAAAGAUUUGCUGGUUGUCUGUA